CUGCUUAAGGCCCUAAUACAGUUGGCAACACUACGUCAAAAGUCUUGAAUUUGUAACACGCCAUUUUAGUGAAAAUUCAAAGUCCCACCAUGUGAUAUUUAUCUAACCUUGUCACAAAACAUAAAAUUCUUUAUCUUUCUAAACAAACAUCGAUCAUGCAACCCGUAAAACACGCCAGUGUAAAAUGAUCACUUCACAAUUACGUUUAUUUAUUAAAGUUGGCAAUAUUUUGGCUAUAAUGCCGCAAAAUAAUGCGAUUGGAAAAUUUUACACAGUUUUAGUUUUCUUACUACUUUUUAGUGGCGCUAUCUAUUCGACAAUUGCCCGAAACUACAAUUAUUUUUUUAUGAAAAACGUGUUUUUGUACAGCAGUGAUGCGAUUUAUAUUUGUUUGAAUUUCUACGUUACUAUUUUUUAUACUUUUUGGAAGAAGACACAAUGGAAAGUGUUUUGGGAAAAAUUUGAUAUGAGUUAUAAGUUGACACAAACAUAUGACAUUCGGGGAUAUACAUAUACAAUUUUUGUUAUUAGUCACGUGAUUUUUUUUGCUGUAGGAGUGUACAAUAUGUAUGUAUGGUAUGGGAUUGAAGGUAUUACAAUGAUAACAAAGUUUGGAAUGAGAAGAAUUGAGAAUUAUAUACAUUUUUUCUACAGUCUUUUUUUGACAAUCAUUUUAGAAAUGUUGCUUACACGAUACAAAAAGUUAAACGCCAUUUUGAAUUCUUAUCUCACGCAAAAGUUACAUUUUUAUGAUAGUACAAUUCGAAAAAUGUCAUAUAUUGUAUGUCACUUAAAGGAAACUGUUAAUAUUUUUAAUGAUUUGUAUGGUUGGCCGUUGUUUUUUAUUAUUUAUCAGACUUUACUUCAAUUUUUGAUUUAUUUAUAUUUUAUGAUAACGAAUGAAGAAAGUUUUGAGGUUAUUUUCGUUCAAGUGUCACUAAUUUCCAUAACUUUGUGUAUGACAAUAAGUUUGAUUUUGAUGUGUAGUGAAGUCGUUCAAGAAAGUUACAAGUUGGUAGCACUGACAUACAAAUUGCGUUGGGCUUUGACGGAAAACAUUCAAAAACAAGAAUUGUACGAAUUUACCAAUUUGGUUGUCAUUAAUUUACCUAAAUUCACAGCCGCCAACUAUUUCGAAAUUGAUAAAAAUACAAUUUUGCAUAUUUUUGCCACUGUUAAUACUUUGCUAGUGAUUUUAAUUCAAAUGGGACAAGUAGGCGUUACGCCAUCUUACGGAAGAAAACGAGAGUGAAAGCCAGCCUUAACACUAAAUUUAUUUUUUGUUUAAAACAGCAAAUUACACAUGUAAUGAAAUACCAACGUAAUAAAAACAAUUUUCACCAACUGAUCCAAACACCACAUUCUGAAAAUAAUUGUUAACAAUUGAAUUGAAUUGAAUAACUCACAUUUUCAUUAUUUUUUUUGCCAUCAUUUGUUCGUCUGUCUCUUUCAACAGAUAGAGUCUAGCAAAAUGUAUACAACUCGUGAAAUAAUCCUUAGAAUUGUCACUAAUAGAAACCUCCAUUUUGUAAAUCUCGCGUUCUUUCGGAUUUAAAUUUUCAGUUGCUUUCAGAGUAUUAGAAUUGUCAAAAUUCCAUGUUUUGUUAACAUAAAAUUCACACAGUUGGUACCCCUGUAGUACUUUUUUUUGUAUGGGGACUAAACUGUUGAAUAAACGAUAAACAAAAUAAUAAGGUAGUUUCAAUCACUUACAUUGGUUUUUGUCGGAAUAAAAUUAAAAUGGCGUCGAUGAUGAAAGCCGGAAGUAGCUGAAACAAGACAACAUAUACGUAAUGUUUUAUUUUUGAAUGGGUGAUGAGGGAUCCCCCGAGAUACCACCAAACUAAAUUGGUCUCAAUUAAAUUUUGCACAAUUUCGACAACUUGUUUAAAAGGAAUUUUAUGUUGAUUUGAGGAGACGGCAUUGUAAACUCGUCGUUGUCUGUAAAUAAAUGUAAUUAAAUACUUUUUUAAAAAUUAUAAUACAAACCCAUUGUUGGUAAUAAAAUCAAAGACACUAAACAUGAGUGUGUUGGCAAUAAUGUCAGCAGGGAUACAAUCCAAGUAGGCGUUGUUUUUACAGUAGAAAGACCUAAUAAGAGGUUUUCCUACACUAAUUAAAAGACCCACCGGAUUGUUGAUAUCACUAUAACCCGGUAAAGGUUCUCGCAAUAUUGGCACCACUAUAAAAUAAAAUUACCCCAGGUUGGUUAA